GCGUCAAGUCGUUUCUGUUGUGCGGUUCCCACGUAUGGCAGUGACUCGAAAAGAUGAGAAAGAAAUUGCUUAGACGGUUAUCCUCUCUGUUGUUGACCGGACAUGACGUACCUUGUGAGAUGGGCAACAAACCAUCCACAUCGGAGGGUGAGGAGGACUCAACAGGUGAGGCUCAUCAUGGGAGGAAAGAUUUGGCAAAUGGAGGUACUUCAGCUACCGCAGAAGAUGCUGACGAAGAGGUUGAAUUGCCGCCUCCGAUGAAACCAAUCCAGGAGCCAAUAUUGGUCACUUCGUCAACAGCAACACCACCAUCAGCUUUACCACAACCCGGUCUUGUAGCCGAUGGUGAAGAAAACAAUCCUUGCAAAAGGGUCUCUAGCCUAACUCUAAAACCGUUAGAAGGUGCUACUUCAGCAGAUUUGGCUGAGAUUGAACAAAUAGUGAAGGAGAGAAUGGAGCAACAUUCUGAGUUGCAACUCACCUCAACCACAUUGUCGUCACUGACUCGGGACUCCAAGUCGGAGACGGCCAUUUCGGACAUGGGCGACUCGUCAGGAGGGGGCAGCGGGGGAAGUCUUCGGUACCACCCCCCAACGUCGACGCCCCUGAACGCCGCCUCCGCUACGUUCAGCGGGGACGAGAGUGACCGCCCCUCUUCCGAAGACGGCGGCGGCGUCGACGAGAAACGUAGGAGAGAUGUGUUGCUGAAGAAGAGGCAGUACGUUUUGAAGGAGCUUAUUGAUACAGAGGAGGCGUAUGUUAGGGAUCUAUCUAUGAUCGUCGAGGGGUAUAUAGCAACCAUGAAGGAUCCUGACUGCAAAAUCCCAAUGCCAGAAGAUCUCAAAGAUGGAAGGGACAAACUAGUAUUUGGAAAUAUCGAAAUGAUUUAUGAUUGGCACAAGAACUUUUUUUUGAAAUCUCUACAACAAGCAAUAGAAAACCCUAUAGAACUAGCCUCGCUGUUCAAACGCUACGAGCGCAAGCUUCAAAUGUAUGUGAUAUACUGCAAAAACAAGCACGUAUCCGAGUACAUUGUAUCCGAGUACCUGGACACGUAUUUCGAAGAGCUCAGAGUACACUUAGGCCAUAAGCUGCAACUAUGUGAUCUACUUAUAAAACCAGUACAAAGGAUAAUGAAGUACCAGCUGAUGCUGAAGGACAUCUUGAAAUACACCGAACGGUCUGGCUUGACGACGGAGAUCGAACCUUUGAGACAAGCUUACAAGAUCAUGGUGGUGGUACCUAAGACUGCCAAUGAUAUGAUGGAUGUCGGAAGGCUGCAAGGAUUUGAGGGAAAAAUUACAGCCCAGGGCAAACUGCUUUUCCAUGGCAUCUUAGCUGUAUCGGACCUACCAGGAUCAAAUCCGAUAGUAGGGAAGAAUAAGGAUUUGCACGUCUUCUUUUUCGAACAAAGUAUUAUAUUCUCCGAGGUUGCGGGGAAGAAGACUCAGUUUACUAGUCCACAAUACUUCUAUAAGGCUCAUAUACAAGUGAACAAAAUGUCUCUGGAGGCGAAAGAAGACUGCUUCAUCCUAGAGUCCACAGAUCCAAACAUAAGGAUCGGAUUCACAUGUCAAGCAGCUAACGAGGAUCUGCAACGUCAAUGGGUCACAACGAUUCACGACAUCUUGCAGACACAACGGGAUUUCCUGAAGGCCAUUCAGAGUCCUAUCGCGUAUCAGAAGGAGCUUACUAGAGAAGCGUCACUGUCAAACUCGAUGUGGGAUAUCACUAGCCGUCAUGCAGGCAUUCCUCCUCUGCCCACGUCUCCAUCCAUAGAAAGUGGAGGGAAAAGUCCUCGAAAGCCCCACUAUGUUCAAAAAGCUAAUACUAUAGGAAUUCCUACAGAAGGCGAGCUAGAAGCAGCUGCUGCAGCUAGUGCUAAAGUCACUGGUAUGGCUAGUCCUAGUCCUAGGUCAAAACCUCACUUUUUGGAGGGUCUACGCAACACACUACGACACAAGCACAAAAGUGACAGCGUAGUACUUGAAGCUGCCAAAGAGGGAGAUAAGAGUGAUGCUCAAAGAAGAUGGUCGGAAGCCAAUCACUCACCGUGUGAAAUCCACGUAAUGCCACCUGGGACACAAGCUCGACUGGUCUGCGAAUGGCCCGAACUGAGCCUUGGCGAAAUCGUCACCGUGAUACGUUAUGAAGCUACUCAAGGCUACUUGGUGCGCACCAAUGCUAAUUUGGAGGAACUUUGGGUACCAGCUCACAUUUUGUCGAAUCACAGCCGGAAGCCUUGGUCGUUCAGGUUUCGCAAGACUAGCAGACGAUCUAUCGAUUCGAAUGCUAACCAAGAUGGGACACCUACGGGCCCUUUGCCCGAAUUUUGCGACAGGUUGAAGGAUCUCACUGUGCAAAGUGGAACCAAGGUCAUAUUGAAGUGUCGUGUGAAGAAUUGUGGCCAGAGUACCAAAUACAGCUGGAAGAAGUUAGAGCCCAGUUUAUGCGUUUUAAGAAACGGUCGCUUCGUGUUGAGCGACAACGAUGAAGGCGUUGCGACAUUGUGCAUCGAAAACGUAAAAUUAUCAGACUCUGGCACUUACUCCUUCACUCUCACAAACCAGUAUGGUUCAACUACGUCCACAGCAGUGCUGACGGUUACCAACAGUUACCCACCUCUGCCAGAGCCCAAGAUACAGAACAUCACAUGUUCCAGUGUCACACUGGAAUGGGAAACAACUGUUGAAGACAAUCAGGUUUUCGUGGAGUAUUGCAAACUGGGCUCAGGAGAAUGGAUCUCUCCGAAUAAACGUCAACCUGUCAGAACAAACAUUUUCACGGUAGAAAGUCUAAUACCGGGAGAGACGUACAGCUUCAGAACGACUUCAAUCCAGAGCAACGUGGCAAGUUUGCCCAGUGUGGCAGUUACCCUACCGGUUGCUGAAAACCUUCGGUGGCAACAAGAGCAGUUCAAGAGGAGGUACGUUGAGCUAGAGGAAAUAGACAGAGGGAGGUUUUCUGUGGUGCGGUUAGCGAGAGAUCGAGGAACAGGCAUGGAAGUAGCUUUGAAGCAGGUUACUAGGCGAAAACAACCGCAUGGAGUGACGCAGGCGGAGUACAGCCUUUUGGCUGGAAUGCAGCAUAUCAACAUUAUCAGAUCACUGGCUUUGUUUGAUAAUGCUCCAUUGCCGGGGAUUGAUACCAUCGUACUGGAAUUGGUGAAAGGACCGCAGCUUCUGAAGUAUAUCUGUGAACAAGACGAAUUCACUGAAGAUGAUGUCAGACGCUACAUUCGACAACUGAUUUCUUCCUUAAAUUGGCUGCAUACCAAUAACAUAGCGCAUUUGGAUUUAAAGCCUGAAAACGUGAUGGUAGACCUUUCCAACUCAACCCCAAUCUUGAAACUGGUCGAUUUCGGUGACUCCGUCAACACCACGAAAAACGUCAUACUUCCACCUGCCUGCCUAGAGUUCGCCUCUCCUGAACUGGUCCUUGGCCAACCUGUGGGAAGACACACUGACUGUUGGGCCACUGGCGUCUUUCUCUACGUCUUACUCAGUGGAGUCAGCCCUUUCCUGGACGACUCAAUGGAGGAAACUACAGCGAAUAUCCUCAAAUGCGACUACUGCUUCCCUGAAGAGUACUUCGCGGAUAUUUCGGAGCAAGCCAAAGACUUGAUCAGAAAACUGCUGGUAAUUGCGCCUGUUCAGCGGUUGGAUAUGCUCAAGUGUCUGGAGCACAGUUGGAUCACAGAACCUCAAUCAACAACUGCAAUACCUUCUUCCCGCCUGAAGACCUUUAUGCAUCGGAGACACCCUAUGAAUGUUCCGACAACACCGACUAGUCCUACUUAUUACGACGAUUUCGUGUCUCACCUUUAGCACGUAUCAAAACUAUUCAAUAAUUCGGUCAUCCAAGACAUUACACUGCAUCAGUUGUAUUGUGAAAUUAACUUUGCAUGUGUUCAACAUGAUUGUCUCAUUGUCCAAUAAUUUAAAAUGUGUCCCGAUGAAACACUUCAUUAUGAAACUACUAAAGAGUCACGAACUUUGGCCUACCAAACCAGGCUAAAAAGCUUUAAAAUAAGCUAAUCCUAAAAUACUAAGUCAUUUAAUUUAGGUACUUGAUAACCAUAAACAUUUCAAUUUUUAAACGAGUUUUUAAGCACUCAUUUUUAGGGUUUUUCAUACAUUAACAUUUAAAGAAAAGUUAUCAGAGACAUUUUUGAUUCAUAGUGAUUAAAAGAACCUGAGGAAAAUUUGCCCAGAGCAAAAAAAUACUUUUAUUAAAUUGUUCAAAAAAAAAUUAGAAAACACUUUGUCAUACUCGGUUCUGUAUACUUUAAUUUGUAGCUUUGGAAUUUGUUUAUCAUAUACAAUUACUUAUUCCAUACUGAUUAAAUAAUGACUUCCUUGAUAUCCGGUGAUAAUUUUUGAAUUUUUUUUUUUUCAUAAUAAGGUUUGUAGAAUUUCCCUUAACUUGAAUUAGGAAGUAGCCGCUCGGUAAUCCGUUUAAACAAUUUUUGUAAACAAUUCACAAACAUUUAAUCACACCGGAAAAUUUGUUUUUUCAGGUUUUUUUGGAUCAUUCAGAACAAGGAAGACGCCUGUAACUUUUAAUUUAAUGUCUGCAAAACCUUAAUAAUUGAUACAUUCGAUGCUCGAAAAAUAAAAUUAUAAUAUUUGAGGUUGUCAAGUUCAAAAUUAAAGUAAGAUUCCUCCCUUGCAAGACCCCAAAGGGUAUUUUAAGAUUAGUUAAUUUUGAACAAAUUUCAACCUUUGCUAGCCCAAAAUUGUCGAACUUUUAAGUUUCGCAGACUGUACGUAUGAUUGAAGAAAUAUUUGUGAUAUAUUGUAUUUGUAUGCCAAAAUGCGUCAGUUUUGUAUAACGCGAUUUUUAUUUACAGUUUUAAUAGACAUUUUUUGGUAUUAUACCUUAAGUUCGAUAUACAGUUUUCUAUGAGAAUUUAAAAAUUUAGUCUAAUCUUUCACUUAAGGUAAAAUAACGAAGAAGCUCAUCAGCUUAUUCAGUUUUAUUCAGAAUCUUGAAAUGAUUUUUAAUACACUAAGCAAUGUAGGUGUGCACCUGUCAUUAGAAAAUUUUAUUUGAAGUGUAAGUUAGUGUAAGCAAUUCACUAUCUGUAUAAGUCUGAAGUAUUCGUUUCUUGGAAACAUUUUAUUAUAGUCUUAGUUAGAAUAUAUUGAAUAUUUGUGUUUGCGUUUGUAAGAAAAACUACUACUUUGUAUGGUGUAAACACGAUGUAAUAAAAUAUGAUUUGACUGUUAACUUAUAUAUCUGUAAAUAUUGACAACAAUAAAUAUAUUUUAUUUGUUA